CGGGAGCCCAAAUUGCUCAGAGUCAUUGGAGAGGACAGAGGACAUCACAGCUUCGUUCUAACAAACAGAUUAGAAAGAUCCAGAGCUGCAGAGUGUGACAGAGCAGCAGAGAGGAGGACGACGCUGGAGAGGUCUUCAGAUUCUUCUGUCAGCCGCUGCAGCAGAUCUCUCAUCAGCAGACGUCCGGAGUCUGGAGACGUGGGAGCAAAGACAGGUCACACAGCCCAGCGAGGAGAGCUGCACCAUGGGAAUCAAAGACGACGACUGUGGUUACAAGAGAGACGGCGAUGACCCCAGAGCCGACCUCGUCCAAACUGACGGAAAGACCGGAAGCUUCAACACACUGCACACAACCUCGGAAACAGAAACCUCGCUGGAGGACGCCUCACUCCGCCUCGAAUCUGCUUCUCUUGGUGACAGCGCUGUCAGUGCCGGCGGUGACGGAGUGGAGAAGAGUCACAAGGUGCAGAGCCGCGAGGACGAAGAAGAGGGACACCUGGUCUAUCACGUCGGCCUCGUGAUGAAAGCAAGAUAUGAGGUCGUCUCUACGCUGGGAGCUGGAGCCUUUGGAAAAGUGGUCGAGUGCAUCGAUAGAGACAAGGACGAGCGUGUUGCUGUGAAGAUCGUGAGGAGCAUCGACUGUUUCCGUGAAGUCGCCAGGUCUGAGAUCUCAGUUCUGGAGGAGAUCAACAGUCUGGAUGACGACAACAGAUUUGCCUGCGUGCGGAUGCUGGACUGGUUCGAGCACGAAGGUCACAUCUGCAUCGUGUUCGAGCUGCUCGGCCUCAGCACCUUCGAGUUCCUGCGCCAGAACCACUUCCUGCCGUUCAACGUGGAGCAGAUCCGGCACAUGGCCUUUCAGAUCUUCAGAGCCGUCUGCUUUCUGCACCGUAACAAACUGACCCACACAGACCUGAAGCCAGAGAACAUCCUGUUUGUUUCCUCCGACUACGAGUUGAAAGACGAGAAG